ACCAUUUAAAAAUCAACUUUGCGUGACAAACUCACCUUGGAGCUUUGAAACUGUGACUGAGAGCGAGAGUUCACAAUGACAGAGGAGAUUUACCUCGCCAAAAUUCAGGGUCUUCAGGACCAGCUAGACAGCUGUAAGCUGGAUUGUGGGCGGCUGCAGAAGCAGAAUGAGGACCUGCUCAUUCUGACCCACAGACAGGAGAAGGACAAAGUGGAAGCCAGUAAGCGUGUAACUCUCAUGGCAGCACAGAAGGAGAAAAGGUUGGAUGAGCUGCACGGUGAGCUGAUCCGCCAGAAAGAAAGUGGCCAGCAAAUGGUUAGAGAAACUCUGCAGAAUCACAGCCGGGAGAUGGAAGAGAUGCAGCAGCAAACUGACAAGCUUAACGCUGUUAAAGCCCUGCAAGCUGCAGGUAUAGAGGAAGGUGACAAGAAGCUGAUGGAGCUGAAGCAGCAGAAGUUUCGAGUGGAGCUACUGGAGAAGGAGGUUCUUCUUGCAGAAGCUGAGUUCCACAAAAUAUCGGAGGAGGAGAAGUCACUGAAGAAAAAGUAUUUGGAAAACCUGCAGGAAAGACUGGAAAAAAAAGUCGAAAGAGAUGCAGCAAUUUUUUUUGAUGAGCUGAAUGCUAGAAUUGAGAAAAGAGGCGAGUUUUGUAAGUUCUUGUCAAAGGAAGCUGAAGAACAGGCUCAGGAGGUUGCUGGUCUGAAAGACAAAAUAGCUGACAUCUUAGCGAUAAGGACUGACGUCAGGGCAGAGAGUAGCAUCAUUGCAGAGGAGAAAUCAUCUCUUAUCAAGGACACCAUGCAGACUAAAGUUUCCUGUCAAAGACGAUCGGCUCCACCCUCUCUGCUCCACUGGACUGCAGAACCAGAUACUGUUAGUGCUUCAGCCAUGUCCAUCCUGGCUCAGCCACCAGAGGAAUAGCAGGCAGAGACGUCUGGUUCUGCCACCUCAUUCCUCCUGGAUCCUAGAUUUACUUUACAAAUCCACCUAAAAUAAAUAUCUGCAUUUUUACAUAAAAAAAUGCAACGACA